CACAUCACUAUUAAACAUGCACAGCACUAGAACUGUCAAACUAGAAAUAUUUACGUCAGCCACGUUGGAACUGCCAACUCGGUAUUUUCAUGAAAAAUAUUCGAAAAAUUGUCUGAAAUACUAGCGGUCGGCUGCAGCGAUGAGGAUCAAGGAGCUGAAGCGCACGGUGAACGUGGCGUGGUCGCCGGCGGAGCACCACCCGGUGCUGCUGGCGGCCGGCGCGGCGGCGCAGCAUGUGGACGAGUCCUUCAGCUCGACCUCCUCGCUCGACAUCUACGGGCUCAACCUGGAAGACCCCGGAAUGGAUCUGGAACUCAAGUCCAGCCUGCAGACACCCAAUAAAUUUCAGAAGAUAGUGUGGUCGGGUGCUGGCACAAUUGUGGGCGGCUGCGACAAUGGGCUGCUGCAGUUCUACAGCACAGAAAAGCUUCUGCAGGGCGCCAGCGACGCACUCGUGGGCAGCUGCACUAAACACACUGGAAACGUCUCCGCCCUGGACAUCAACCCAUACCAGAACAACCUCCUAGCCUCGGGGGCGGCAGACAGCGAGAUCUUCAUCUGGGACCUCAACAACACGAGCCAGCCCAUGGCGCCGGGCUCGCGCAGCCAGCCGCAUGACCUCGUGCAGGCGUUGGCGUGGAACCAACAGGUUCAACACAUUUUAGGCUCUACUAUCUCAAAUAGAUGUGUCGUUUGGGAUCUACGAAAGAAUGAGCCAAUCAUGAAAUUAAGUGACGGCAACUCCCGGUCCACGUGGCGCGCGCUGGCGUGGCACCCCGAGGUGGCCACGCAGGUGGUGCUGGCCGGCGACACGCUGCAGCUGUGGGACCUCCGACUGGCCGCAUCCCCUCUAGUCACCCUCGAAGGCCACAGCGCGGGCGUGACCAGCGUGUCGUGGUGCCGGCAGGACGCCGCACUGCUGCUGUCUGCCGGGCAGGACGGACGAGUGCUGUGCUGGGACCCCCGCGACACGACGCCGGGCGGCAAACUCCUGACCUCCAUAGCCAGCGGCUCCGGCUACUGCUACUCGGUGAGCUGGUGCCCCCGCGCGCCCGCGCUGCUCGCGAGCUGCAGCGCGGAGCAGCACGUUGCGCUGCACAGCCUGCUGCAGCCCGCGCCCAUAGAGAAUACGUCAGCCAACCAGUCCACCAUCAUGGACUCCUUCGGCGGCGUGGACUCGUUCAACCAAUUGCCGGCCGUGGCCCGCGCCGCGCCCGCGCCCGCGCCCCCCGCGCUGCCCGUCGCCCCCGCCUGGCUCAAGUGCCAUACGCGGGCCAAGUUUGCUUUUGGCGGCAAGCUGGUGACAUUUGGAAAGAGUGCACAAGAAGAAGGUCCUCAAAAACUAGUAUACGUCAGCCAGGUGGUGAGCGACCCCGCGCUACUGCAGCGUUCUGAGGAGGUGGACGCCGUCAUCUGCUCCUCGCUCAGCCAGGACCCCGCGGCCAAGCAGCAGCUCGCAGAGUACUGUCGGUCCCGCGGCGACGCAGCCACAGACCAGACGGAGCGCUACGUGUGGUUCUUCCUGCGCGCCAGCUUCCUGCCCAACUAUAGACAGGAGGCGCUCAACUUACUCGGCUACAAAGAGGACGAAAUCCCGUCUCGCUUCAAGGGGCCAAGCGCGCUCUCCGAAGGUCUCGAGAACAACGUGGACUCCAUCACCAGCGGCAUAGCGGGGCUGAGUCGGGGUGAAUCCACGGAGACCGAUGCAGAACUAUCUACUGACACCAGCACUGACCUAUCGCAGGAUGCCCACACUCUGCUCGAGAGGAAGCUCUCCAACGUAGACUCCGUGCAACCCCCGACUAACACCGUCAACAUACCACAGGGCGAAGACACUGAGAGCCUGAUCUGCCGCGCGCUGGUCUGCGGCAACCUGGAGGAGGCGGCGGAGCUGUGUCUCGACGCGCGACGCACCGCCGACGCACUCGUCAUAGCCUCGCUGAGCUCCCCAGAACUGUUCCAGAAGGUGCUCAAAUACCACCUCAACUCGACCUCAUCCGACCCGGUGUCUCUGCUGACGGGGUGCUUGGCGCUCCGGCGCUCCGGUCGUGGCGCCACGUCUAAUCUAACCUCUCUAUUAUUGUUGUUGAAGUACAAUUAUAAAAUAAGAUACUUACAUCUAUCUCUCUUUCCAGGCUCCCCCGAGCUGUUCCAGAAGGUCCUCAAGUACCACCUCAACUCGACCUCAUCGGAUCCGGUGUCUCUGCUGACGGGGUGCGUGGCGCUCCGGGCGUGGCAGCCGCUGGGCAGCCGCGCCGCCGCCGCCGCCUGGCGCCCAGUCGCUGCGCAUGCGCUUACGCACGCGCAGGCUGGGCAUGCGUCUGUUUGUGAACAACUAGGCGACAAACUCUCCAAAGACCCCGACCCCGCCUACAAGGAAGCAGCCGCCAUUUGCUUCGCUCUAGCCCACAGCUGGCGCGCGGUGGCGGCGGCGCGGGGGGCGGGCGCGCGGGCCGCCCUGGCCGCGCUGAUUAGGCGGGCGGCGGUGGAUAAUGGCAGUCAUACGAACGUCUCAAAGCUCGACGCCAUAAUAACGGAGUACGCGGCGCGGCUGGCGGCGCAGGGCGGGCUUGCGGGCGCGCUGUCCGCGCUGCAGGGCGCCCCGCGCUGCGAGCUGCGCGACCGCCUGCAGCGCGCGCUGCGGCAGCACGAGCGGGUGAGCCAGCUGCUGUGUAGUGACAGAGGACGCGGAGGCGGGCGGCGCAGGGCGGGCUGCAGGGCGCCCCGCGCUGCGAGCUGCGCGACCGCCUGCAGCGCGCGCUGCGGCAGCACGAGCGGGAUGCGGGGGCGGGCGGCGCAGGGCGCGCUGCAGGGCGCCCCGCGCUGCGAGCUGCGCGACCGCCUGCAGCGCGCGCUGCGGCAGCACGAGCGGGCGGCGGCGACCCCGCAGCCGACUCACACGCACAAUCGGCCGCGUACAGUGAGCUCGCACUCGCAGAACCGCGCCUCCGCCGCCAAUGUACAUGCUGACAUCAACAACACUUAUAAUACUGUGCAACCACCGUACCAGCCAGACCCGUGGGGAGCGUCGUCAGUACCCGCUCCUGCCGCGCCGCCGCCGCGCCCCGGCAGCGUCGGCCCGCAGGGAGCAGCAGGCACGCUCUCCAGCCGAGGCAAGUACAAGGUGGACCCGUCAGUCCAACCGGCGCCCGCCUACGGGCAGUACGGCUACGCCCCCGCCCCCGCGCCCGCACCCGCCCCCGCUGCGCCCUAUGGCGGGUAUAACAGCCCGCUGCCUGACCAGUAUGGGAGUAAUACAGGUUACACACCAAUGACAGCGCAACCCCUACCCGCCAACAACACAAUGAACGGCGGAGGCUACUACUCCCCCGCCCCCGCGCCCCCCGCGGCCCCCGCCCCCGCGCAGGAGCCCCCCGCGCGCGCCGCCGCCCCCGGAUGGAAUGAUCCGCCCAUGCUCACUAGCAAGCCUAAGCCAAAGCAAGAAGUGCAAGCUCAAGCGCCAAUCACGCACCCGCUGUUCGGAGUAGAGCCCCCGCAACACAUUCCGCUGAACCCACAGUUCCCCGGACAGAAUCAACAGUUCCCCGGACAGAACCAACAGUUCCCCGGACAGAACCAACAGUUCCCUGGCCAGAACCAGCAGUUCCCAGGACAAAACCAACAGUUUCCUGGACAACAAGGCCAGUUCCCCGGACAACAGCCUGGGUUCCCGGGACAAGCGCAAUAUGGCUCGCAGCCGGCGUACCAGCAGCCUUACCAGUCUGCUUAUGCUCCUCCUGCGCCUGAGCCAGUGGCAGCGCCGGAGCCGCCCGCGCCGAUUCAGAAAGGACCAAUCCCUGACGAGCACGUGGUGCUACAGACCGUGCUCGACCAAUUACGCAGCCAGUGCGCCGAGCGCGCCGCCAAUCCGCAUAUGAAGAGGAAAUUAGACGAUGUACAAAAGAGGCUGGAGAACUUAUACGACAUGCUGCGGGAAUACAGGCUCUCGGAAACGGCGCUAACGUCACUCCACUCGUGCGUUCAAUUCGUCCAAUCAGGAGACUACGGGUCCGCCCUGAACGUGGCCACAGGCCUCGCAACCGGCGCUGACUUCGCGAUAGUGGCCUCCUUCCUGCCGGGACUCAAGCAGUUAUUGCAGCUAGCGGGGCAACUUCAGGUCUAUGUCAGAUGAGAAACGGCCUGCUAGUUUUGAUACAAGUGGUUUUGUAUGACUGUUUAGUCUCCGUACCAUUUUAAGUUUUGUGAUUGAAAGUUCCAUAUCCCACAAUGGGACUUGCAAUAAAUAUAUAAAAAAUUGAAGUUGGUGCUAUUAUUGCGCUGCCAAGCUGUCUGAUUCAUACAAGUUAUGUGUCUUACAUGAAUCGCGUGAAAUCUGACACAAUAGAUUGUCUAGUGUGUCUCGCGAUAUCGCGAUGGCAAUAAGUUUAAAUAACAGCACCUAAAUAGCAUCGCAUUUAGAGAUUGUGGUACGGAGGCUGAACGUCUAUGAAGAUCGAUAUACAAUAUAAUAGAUAGAAAGCUAAAUACGACAUUGCAUUGCAUAACUUAUGAAAUUGCAUUGCAUUUUUUUGUUUCCUUAAUUUGACGUUGUUAAAGUUAAUGUAAAUGUUUAACAAUUGUGAAGUUCAUUGUUUUUUUUUCGUUUUAUCCUAAUAGUUUCACUGGUAUUCAACACAGUAACUAUGAUAAGUAAAGAGCUUGUAAGAAAUUAAAAGGGUGUAGGUGCCUAAUACUUUUUUCACAACUCUUUAUGUAAGUAUUAUACUUAAUAUACAUAUAAUAGUAAUGCAAUGGUUAUGAUAUAACACAUAAAGACACCUUAAAGACGAUUAAAUUUUUUAAGAGCUUCGUAGUAAACUAAACUAUUAUAGCUAGCCAUACUUCGGUGUAAAAGUACAUAGUUAGUAAUUGAAAUCUCAUUUAUGAAAAGAGGCCUAUAUUUCUAAUUUAACUUAUUUUCAAAAAUGUUUAUAUUCCUGCUACUGUUUUCUAACCUUCUUUCCAAUAUUUAACGUGAGAUUAAUAUAUUUUUUAUGGUUUGUUUGAUAAUAAAUCUAAUGUUGAGAACAAUUAUAUUGAGAAUGUUAUAAUAAUUACUUGUAUCUACAAUAAAUACAUUAUAAUACAUUGCCAAUAGAUGUAUCAAUUUUAGAAUUAAGUUAUUGUGUCUUCUAUAAACAUAGCACAGUUACUUAUUAACAAAUACGUAAUUAUAUUUAUUUAUCCAAAGACAUCAUUUUGAAAACAUUGUAAAUAAUCAGAAUAUUACUUGGUUGUAGAUGAAAGUUUUUCGGUUAUUAACGUAUGAUUAUUUUUAAUGUAUAAUAAUAUUAUACUUUUUAUAUACUUACUUAAUUAUUAACUCAUUGAUUAUUAUGAAAUAUAUUUUUAAAAAUAAUUA